UCACCCCUGCGCAAGCCACUCUCCCACCCCGGCUUCACCCCACCGCCCUCAGCCACGUUCUGCGGGCGGUGCAGAGCCGGCCUUGGAAACCACAACUCCCGGCCGCCCGUGCGCGCCGGCGGCGCCUCGUUCCGCGGUGCUCACCCUGGGACUUGCAGUCCGCCAGCGGCUCCGCAGGCAUGAGGGCGCGGCGCGGAAGCGCCAGUACUACAGCUCCCGGCGUGCCUGGGCGCCCUCUGCUCCUUCCUCCGCGCUCACCUUCCUGUCUUCGCGGCGAGAAAAUAAGCCUGAAGUUCCCUGCGAUCAGCUGAUCCCCUCUGACAACAAGGGGAGACGGAGGCGAGGAGCUGGGGAACUGGCACAGGCACCCCGCGGGGGCAGUCAGCCUGCCUGGGGGGGCUGACACAGCCAUCCCGGGGCUACACCUCAACGUGGUCGGGGAGCGGGGCAGACUCCCCCCAGGCUGCUGAGAGGAGGAGGAAGAGGCGGCUGGGACCUGACUCAGUCACUAAGUACUGGAGGGAGGAAGAGAAGGAGGAGGAGGAGGAAGGUGUUCCAGGGAAACAUUUGAACCUGUCUAUUGAAAUACCCCAGUCUGAUUUCUCUAGAUCACUGAAACUACAGCUUCAAGUUAAGUAGAAAACCCUGUGGGUCAGCAAUUGAAACAACCAUUCUUGUUUAAGGUUAUUUUAGAGAAAGAACACUUCAUCUGCACUUUACAUAUCAUUAAACCUUUUUUGGGGUGGAGGGAGAGAUUCAGUGUUCAGGCUGGUACAAAUCUUUACAGGAGCAGUCAUUACAUUGUUUAUCAAGUUAAGAAUCCAAAAUCUCUUUGCAGCUUUUUGUCCUUGUGAAGACAGAUUAAUUUUACAACUGAAAGCUCUUGAAAACCUGUAUACAUUUCCAUUUGAAAAAAACAAACUGAUCAGAUAAAUACAACUUAAAAAAAAAAAAAAGCUGACGAUGAGUGCUCAUGCUCAAACAGCAGAGAAGGGACUCAACACAGCACUCCUGUGUCAGGAAAGUUACGUUUGCAGUGGGACCGAUGAAGCAGUCUUUGAGUGCGAUGAGUGUGGGACCCUGCAAUGUCAGCGCUGUGAAGAAGAGUUGCACAGGCAGGAAAGGCUGCGAAACCAUGAACGGACCCGUAUAAGACCUGGCCAUGUUCCUUACUGCGACAACUGCAAGGGUGCCAAUGGGAAUAUAAUGCACAACAAUGCCACAGGAUCCAGGCAGAGGGCAGCAAUGCGGUGCCAGAUGUGCAAAAUAAACCUAUGCGUGGAGUGUCAGAAGAGGAUGCACGCUGGGGGAAACAAAAGGAAACACCCAAUUACCGUGUACCAUGGUAGCAAACACCAAGAGGAAGAGGAGGAAGGGAUGGAUGAGGAGACCAAGAGGAGGAAGAUGACAGAAAAGGUUGCAAGUUUCCUCCUGGUGGAUGAAACUGAAGAGAUUCAGGUGAUGAAUGAAGAAGACUUUAUUAAGAAACUGGACUGCAAGCCUGACCAACACCUGAAGGUGGUGUCUAUCUUUGGGAACACUGGGGAUGGCAAGUCACACACCCUUAAUCACACUUUCUUCUAUGGUCGUGAGGUCUUUAAGACAUCUCCAGCCCAAGAAUCCUGCACAGUCGGUGUAUGGGCAGCCUAUGACCCUGUCCACAAAGUGGUGGUGAUUGACACAGAAGGUCUGCUUGGGGCCACAGUGAACGUGAGCCAAAGAACGCGGCUGCUUCUGAAGGUCCUGGCCAUCUCUGACCUUGUUAUCUACCGUACGCAUGCUGACAGACUCCACAAUGACCUCUUCAAAUUCCUUGGGGAUGCUUCAGAGGCCUACCUGAAACAUUUCACUAAGGAGCUGAAGGCAACCACAGCCCGCUGUGGCUUGGAUGUUCCCUUGUCCACUCUGGGUCCUGCAGUCAUUAUCUUCCAUGAGACUGUGCACACCAAGCUACUGGGCUCCGAUCACCCCUCUGAGGCGCCUGAAAAACUCAUCCAGGAUCGCUUCCGGAAACUGAGUCGCUUUCCCGAAGCCUUCAGUUCAAUCCACUACAAGGGAACAAGGACUUACAAUCCCCCCACAGACUUCUCGGGACUUAGGAUAGCUGUGGAGUACCAGCUGGAGAACAAUACCACCCGUUCCCCACGACAACCUGGGGUUAUCUUCAAAGCACUGAAAGCAUUGAGCGACCGGUUCAGCGGUGAGAUCCCCGAUGACCAGAUGGCUCACAGCUCCUUCUUUCCGGAUGAGUAUUUCACCUGCUCUACUGUAUGCCUCAGCUGUGGGUGUGGCUGUAAGAACAGCAUGAACCAUGCGAAAGAAGGAGUUCCUCAUGAAGCCAAGAGCCGCUGCAGAUACUCCCACCAGUACGAUAACAGAGUGUAUACCUGCAAGGCUUGUUACGAGCGUGGGAAGGAGGUCAGUGUGGUGCCAAAAACAUCUGCUUCCACUGAUUCUCCUUGGAUGGGCCUUGCCAAGUACGCCUGGUCAGGGUAUGUGAUUGAGUGCCCCAACUGUGGAGUGGUGUACCGCAGCCGGCAGUACUGGUUCGGGAACCAAGAUCCUGUGGACACAGUGGUGAGGACAGAAAUUGAGCACGUCUGGCCAGGAACAGAUGGAUUUCUGAAAGACAACAACAAUGCAGCUCAGCGCCUGUUGGAUGGGAUGAAUUUCAUGGCACAGUCUGUGUCUGAGCUCAGCCUGGGACCCACAAAAGCUGUGACCUCUUGGUUGACGGACCAGAUUGCCCCUGCCUACUGGAGACCUAACUCUCAAAUCCUGAAUUGCAACAAGUGUGGCACGUCCUUUAAAGAUAAUGAUACUAAACAUCACUGCCGGGCCUGCGGGGAGGGCUUCUGCGAUGGCUGCUCUUCCAAGACCCGCCCCGUCCCUGAGCGGGGCUGGGGACCAGCGCCAGUGAGAGUGUGUGAUAACUGCCAUGACAGCAGGGGCAUCCGGUUAGAUGUGCCCGAGUCACAGACGGAGGAGGAAGGUGGGACGUUGAUCGCCAGGAAGGUUGGUGAGGCAGUGCAGAACACUCUUGGAGCUGUGGUGACUGCUAUAGACAUUCCACUAGGGCUCGUGAAAGAUGCUGCUAGACCUGCUUACUGGGUGCCGGAUCAUGAAAUCCUGCACUGCCACAACUGCCAGAAGGAGUUCAACAUCAAGCUCUCUAAACACCACUGUCGAGCCUGUGGCCAGGGAUUCUGCGAUGAAUGUUCAAACGAGCGCCGAGCAGUCCCUUCCCGCGGAUGGGAUCAUCCAGUGCGAGUCUGUUUUAGCUGCAAUAAGAAACCCGGUGAUCUUUAACCCCAGCUUCCUGUCUGGGUCCUUCACGAUUCCUUAGGUUCUCAGGGUUAGAAAAAAAUAUUUGAUCUCCCUUUCACUUUUUGCAGCCAGAGUGCAUGUUUCUGAUCUCGGGCCUGCUCUCAUGUUCUACCCAUCUUGGAAUGCUGGGACAUGAGCUCAAGUGAGUAAACUGGACCUUCAGGUUUUAAUUGUAAGCUGAUUGGGGAAGGGGGGAGCUCACGUAAAUGAGCAACCCAAAUCCAAUGUAUUUUAUUCCAGUUUAAACAUCUAUAUCUAUAUAAUUUAGUAUGUUAAGGAUGCCGGUGGCUAGUGAAGUUUUGAAUAUUUCUAGUUCAAAUAAGAGAUGCAGCUGGACCCUGCUGUAUUGGGUCGAAUUCAUAGCCACUGCAGUGCCUUCUAAUUUUUCUCUUAAAGCAUUUUGCUCAUCACACGGUCCUAUUGUAAAGGUUUGGACCCUUUGCUGCCAGGAGGGUCCACGGCUCCCCAAGUGUUGAUGCAUGAAUUACAUCUGAUAAUGGGAAGGGCCCUGCCUCUGGAAGCUCCACCUGCUGGUACUAAAGGGUUUGCAAAAUCCAUUUGAAUUGUGGUAACAAAUGCUAGUCUGGCAGGUCAUGGGACCGCAGUGCAGGUGAGUGGAGGUGAACCUAGCACCAUGGCAAUGACCAAGCUAGAGUUGUUGAAAGGAAAACAAAUGAUGUGGAAAAUGCUAGGGCAUCUUCAGUAGAACCCAUUUCCACGUCAGCACAAGGUCACAAGAUUGCAGGGCCUCACUCUUCUUGACCAUGUUCCCAUGCGCUUGGAUUUCUUUCUGGAGCACUUUAACUGCUUUAUGAGGUUCAUCAGAAACUAAGAGGCUUGUGACCAGAACUAGGCAAGUGCCCGUUUUCUGGAAGAUUGCAUGACCUGCAGUUUAGUGUUUGCUAGGCUUACUAAAGUUUUAAAGGAUCCCCAAAUCCAUGGUGCCACCAAUGGUCUUGCAGACGGGUGCAUAGAAACGGGACAGAUUUGACUGUGAUCUUUCUUAUAAAAACAACAACAACAAACAACCAAACCUACAGAUCCAGCUGGAAAACAGGAAUCUCUUCUAAGCUCUUACAGCAAGUGGCACUCACUGGACUUUACCCUUCCAUAAAGGUCUGCAUUGAACCACUGAAUUUAUCAGCAAUGAGCAAACCACUGCACUCAACUGAUACGCUCCUUUUCUGUGGAUUUUGGCUCUCAUGACAAGAAAUAAGAGACCAUCAUGAACUGAACUUUUGGCUUAUGUAGACAAGGGAUGCUCCCAUGGAGGGGACUUGUCUCCAAUUGUAGUGGCUGGAGUUUGACACGAUACCCUGAAACUGAUUUAGUCCUACCUGUUAAACAUGCCCUUGUGUAGCUCAAUGAUUGACAUCCUCUGUUAGGACUAUAUUAUUAAAUUAACUGCUAUAAAAGACUAGACCUUCUGAAGAAGCGUGCUGGCUUUGGCCUUUUAACUAACAGUUCUUGCUCUCACCCCUGAAGGAACCUGUUUGCAAAGUAACUGCCCCAGGCAGCUGUUCACGCCGAAGCUGAAAUGGAGUGUGUGGUAGGAAACCUUCCCUGUUGGUUAAACUUGCCACAGACUGACUUGUAUUUUGUAAUCAAAGGCUGUCAUAAGCUGACAGUCACCUGGAAGGGAGUGGGGGAUAGGAGUGGGUAACAGUCCUGUCUUAGAAAAGACAUUUUACAGCAUAGCUCUGCACUUUGAGCUGUUUAUUUUUGAAUAGGUGGUGAACAAUGCAAUUAAUAUUUGUUGUUGGUUUGAAGGCCAUGCCCUGUGUGGCUUCCAUGCAUGUAGCUUUACUACCAUGUUAAUGCACAAAGAGAAACCAUCCAUGACAUUCCUUGUAUAAAGUCUUCACUUCAGAAUCUCUGUGUCAUUGACUUGUUAGAAUUUUGUCCUGCCACAGGCAGAUGUACUGCCUCAGUCCAUUUAAGACAAAGUGCUGUCUAUGUAUUUCUAGCACACGCAUGGAGUCCAAUCCCGACUGACAGUUCUAGUGCUCUGGGGUGUUGGGACUGUGCUGAGAUCUUGUCAGCAAAGCAAGAGCCUUUUGUUGUGCUUACCUUAAAUGGGGUUGAUGUCGGGGGAAAUGUUGUAGCUGAGCAUCAGUAAAAUAAAGAAGAGGGGCAACAGGUAACUCUAAAUAAGGUAGCAACAGGAAAGGUAAGAGACUCGGCUAAGGCCUUGUCUACACAGGAAAGUUGCUCUGGUUUAAGUAGCAUCACUUUUCAAACCAGUUUAAAUUCCUGUGUGGACUCUCUUAUUUCAGAUAAAUGGCUUAUUUCAGUUUAAUUUAAAUCUGUUCCUAAUCCAUUUAAACUAAUGUGAAAUAAACCAGUCUUACACCAGAAUAAGAGUGUCUACGUGGGGGUUUGCAUCAGUUUAACUAGCUUGGUUUAAAUUCACACCUUGGGUUAUACUGGUGCAACUUGCCCAGAUAGACAAGGCCUAAGUUUUAAUGCACCGUGCUUUGUCCUAUGCUAUAGCAUCCAAUGAGAGUGCUUGGGUAGAGGGAGAAAAUGAAAAAAGAUUCUCAGGUUACAAAAGCCUUCCAGGGGAAAAAAAUACUGUAUACCACACAGGUUAAAGAGCACUGUUCUAAGCUGUGCACUUUAGACCCUCCCCUCUCCCUGUUCUGAUAGCAUCAGGUUUCAUGGGUGUGGGGAGAAUAGAGCCUAGUCAGACUUUUUCUUU